CCGGCUGCCCAGGGGGGGACCGGUGCCCCGAACCCGCGGUCGGUGCCUCCGCGGCUCUCCGCGCUUGGCGCUGGACGCACUCCCCUUCCCGAGACGGAAAAAGUUUGUGCGGCGCGGAGCGGAGCGCGGCGGAGCGGUGCGAACUUGGGCUGAAUGAAUGAAGAAAAUACAUCCUGUGAAGAGUAAAAGUACUUGAUUCUGAGAAGACUCUUAAAGCACUUCUAACUCAAAGCUGGAGAAAAGUAUGAAGGAACAGUCCACCUGACUCCCUCAGCAUCUUGCACAGAACUCAAAAUGGCUCUCCAGAAAAAAACUGUUGUUGGUGUCUUGGAGGAGUGGUGUUUGGCAGAACCACUGUUUGGUUGCAGGUGGCACCAGAAUGUUAGGAAAAAACUGAGACUGAUACGAAUUGUAGGGCUCCUUGUCAGUGUAGUGGCCAUUAGUACUUUCUCACUUUCAAUGAGUGCCUUUUUCAAGAUGGAACCACAUAGCGUGGCGCUGGUCAGCAGCCUAGAUAGCCAAAAGCUGGUGCAUGGGCACCAAAGAACUCUCUUGGAUUUCACAGAACAGAAUGAAAACGGCACUCCAGAUCCACACGCUUCUAUGAAACAUGAAACUGGGCACGACAAUGAAACAGAUGAUCAUGCGAAGGGAGAGUACCCCGAGGACCUCUUCUCUCUUGAGGAGAGAAGACAGGGAGCAGUGAUCCUCCAUAUAAUUGGAAUGAUUUACAUGUUUAUAGCCUUAGCCAUAGUCUGUGAUGAAUUCUUUGUUCCUUCCUUGACUGUCAUCACUGAAAAACUGGCCAUUUCUGAGGAUGUGGCAGGGGCAACCUUCAUGGCUGCUGGUGGGUCAGCCCCAGAACUCUUCACUUCUUUGAUAGGAGUGUUUAUAUCUCACAGCAACGUUGGCAUUGGUACGAUAGUGGGAUCUGCCGUGUUCAAUAUCCUAUUUGUUAUUGGAAUGUGUGCUUUAUUUUCUAAAGAGAUCUUGAACCUUACUUGGUGGCCACUCUUUCGAGAUAUGUCCUUUUACAUCAUUGACUUGAUCUUGUUAAUCAUCUUUUUUCUGGAUAACUUCAUAAUGUGGUGGGAAAGCGUAACACUCCUGACAGCAUAUUUUUCCUAUGUGACAUUUAUGAAGUUCAAUGUCCAAGUAGAAGAAUUGGUGAAGAAAUUUUUAAACAGGAACAAGGUUGAGAAGGUAACAACAGAUGCUGAAGGGAAGUCACCUAAUGCUGGAGACAAAGAUGACCAAACCUUGACGACCAAGCCGCGUCUCCAGCGGGGAGGAAGCUCUGCAUCUCUCCACAACAGUCUAAUGAGGAACAGCAUCUUCCAGCUCAUGAUUCACACACUUGACCCACUUGCUGAAGAGCUUGGAUCAUAUGGAAACCUAAAAUAUUAUGACACAAUGACUGAAGAAGGAAAGUUCAAGGAAAGGGCCUCAAUUCUGCAUAAGAUUGCCAAAAAGAAGUGCCAGGUGGAAGACAGUGAAAGGCAGAAUGGAGCUGCUAAUCACGAGAAAGGUGCAAAAGUGGAAGUUGCAGUAACACCACCAAGUGAUUCGGGACCAGUGCAAAAUGGAAUUGCCCAUAAUGUUGAAGAGAAUGAAGAGGAUGAGGAGGAGCAGCCUCUCAGCCUGGCCUGGCCUGAAACCCCACGCAAGCAGGUCACCUAUCUUCUCGUGUUACCCAUUGUUUUCCCACUCUGGGCUACCCUACCAGAUGUCAGAAAACCUACAUCAAGAAAAUUUUUUCCUAUCACAUUUUUUGGCUCUAUCAGCUGGAUUGCCUUCUUUUCAUACUUGAUGGUCUGGUGGGCACACCAGGUUGGAGAGACCAUUGGUAUUACUGAAGAAAUCAUGGGAUUGACUAUUCUAGCUGCUGGCACAUCCAUUCCUGACCUUAUUACCAGUGUUAUUGUAGCACGCAAAGGUCUGGGGGACAUGGCUGUAUCCAGUUCUGUUGGAAGCAACAUAUUUGACAUCACAGUGGGCCUUCCUCUUCCAUGGCUCCUGUACGCUGUGGUUAACAGCUUUGCCCCAGUGACAGUCAGCAGCAAUGGUCUGUUCUGUGCGAUUGUCCUCCUCUUCAUCAUGCUGCUCUUUGUCAUCCUCUCCAUUGCUUCCUGCAAGUGGAGGAUGAAUAAAAUCCUGGGUUUCCUCAUGUUUGGGCUUUACUUUGUGUUCCUGAUUGUCAGUGUCCUUCUGGAGGACAAAGUGAUCCAGUGUCCUGUCUCCAUCUAGUGGGAAGUGCUGUUUCUCGACAAGAAAAAAAAAAGUAAAGAAAAAAAAAGAAAAACAAAACAUAUAUAUUUAUUAAAGAAAAGAUACAUAUGUUAAAACAAAACAGCAAAAAGAAACCACAGUGGAAAACUUCAGUGGGAACAACCCAUGGAUCUCUAAAUUUCCUCUUCCUCAAUUUUAAAAGAGUGAAAGAAAGGAAAGGGUACAAAGGGUCGAUCUCAGAGCUGAAGAAUGGCUGCUGCUGGACAGUGCAGUUACGCCUGAAGGGCUGAGUCCAGGUGCACCGAGGGUUUCUCUGCUGCAGAACAUCCUUGCUGCUCAGUACUGGACAUGCUACGUACGCACGGCAACAGUGAAAAUUGCCGCUUCUCCUCUGCCUACGGUACAUACCCGCAGACUUCUUGUUCCCUGUAGUAGUAUGCACGGACACACAGAGUGCUCAUUCUUAAAGCUCUCCUCUUCUAAGGGGAAUGCUAAUAUUAACUUUGUGGAGGCACCACCCCCCACACACUCUGGUACAGGAUUUUCCGGCAUCCUGCUGAAACUCCUGAGUGGAAAGUAUACACCAAGUGAUGAGUCAGAAACAGGGAAGGACUUGUAUGUCUCUUCAUGUAAGUGAAUUUAUAUGAUGUGAUUUCAGCAAAGCCAGGGAAUUCAUCAGUCUUUUUGAUCAUCUGCAUCACAGGUCUGUAAAGGCAAUCAGCAGGAUGUUAAUGGUGGUUUUUGACAUCUUGCAAAACUCCUCAGGUUCCAGAAACUCUGUCUCUGGCGCUGAAGGAGCCAUGAUGCCUGACCAUUUUGUAACUGGUGCAGAUUUUCAUUGCAUUCUCAUGCAAAGACCAGAAUGGGGAUAAUCUUUCUUCUCUAAUAGCAACGCAGCAUGCAGUGACAUCAUACAGCUAUGUGAACACACCAUUUUUUCUAAUGCAGCAAUAUCAACAGUACCAAUGGCUUUCAGAUGCUGUUAUGAGUUUGCCUUUUCAUGCCAGAAUAAAAAGACUAAUUUGCUUAUGCAUAGUAUUUCAUACAGAAAAUAGAAGUAGUUAUAAAGUGGCAGCCUAAUUGCUAAGUGAAUAUAUACUUUAUAGGCUUUCACUAUUACUUGGAGUGUAAGGACCUUCACAGCUACAUAUAGUUAUUGCUGGAAGAGAUCUCCAGCUGUUGUAUAAAGCUGGGGCAGUUCACAUUUGCUGUUAUAAAUCUUGAAACUAGGUAGGAGAAACACAGUUUAAAUACAGUGGAGCUGCAGGAAACUUACAUGAAAAUUCUUCAGUAUUGCUGGAAGUGUGCAUGUCUAAAGAAACUCAGGAAGGAGUGAAAAUGCAACAUCCUUUUUCUGAGAUACUGAGAGAAGGAGAAGGUCCAAACCUAGAGAAAAAAAACCAAACAAAAGAAAACCAAAAAACAAGAAGGGAAAAAGCAAGUAAUGUGCAUGUUUCCGUAGUUUGGCUGAUUUUUUUAAAAAUGAGAAGACUAGAAGGAGUGUUAAAUUAUUUCAGAUAAUCGUCAUUUGUUUGCUCAAGUCUUUUGUGCAAUUAAGAGUUCAUGAAGUUUCAGUGCAUUUCUGUGACCUGUUUCAGCAUUGUUUUAUAUGUGUAUUGUGCUCACAAUGGCAAUGUCAUUUUCAUAUCUGUGUAACAGAAGGCUCAGAACAUUUUGUUUUGUCUGUUUUUCUCUGCUCCACACUGUUUGUUUCUCACUUAUCCCCUUUGUCCUUUACUGUUUUCCUGUUAUAUGUGUUUGUAUGUAAUGAUGUAUGAUUAGAAAGUAAGGACUUGACAGAAAACAAUGGUAGAGAAAACAGUACAAAAUAUUAGGAAUAUUAAUAUUAUGUGAUAUCAUGAAGAAAAAAGUGAGAUGUUGAUGAAAUAAAGGAAGGAUACUAGGAGUUGCAAUGUCUGCUACUCAUAUAUUGUCCUAAGUCCUAGUGACGUACAGAACCAGUAUUUGAUCUUACUCAUAAAACAAGCAACAUGUCUCACUUCUUAGUGCUUUUUAGAGUGAGCUUCUCACAUUGAGAGCAAAAACUUGUCUUUGUAUUCAAGUUCCUUCACUGGUGCAGAAUCCCUGUCUGUCUUACUGAUAGUGCUGCCCGUCUCUAACAUUUGUUCUUACAGGGGUGCGAUGGAAAGGUGGGUGUACAUACAUAACUGUGGUGCCCUCUACUGACAGAACAGCGACCCAAAGCUAAUCCAUAACCCAAAUUCUGACCUCAGCUGAAAUGGGCGUCCCAAAGUACAAGAGUCACCAAAUGCUUUUGUCUCUGAUGACAGUGCUCAAAACAGGCAAUCCUUUCCCAAGUAAGCAAAAUCAGAUAUAUACUGAUCUGAAGGAAGGGCUGUGUAUGCGGGCAUUUCCAAAAUUCUGUGAUGCCCAGAUUCACUGAUCUGACAGUUCAGAUAGAGAAACCAGACCAGAGUCCAAUCUCUGUUUAGUACACUACUUUAUUUUUUUUAACCCCCACAUUGGAAUAGGAAAACUCCUACCAGACCUUCAGAGCUCUGAGAGCAGUCAGGUGAAGUCAGGGGGCAUCAGCAGCAGAGACUGCUCUCCCACUGAGGGCAGGUAAGGAGUAGAGACUAAGUGGCAUCAAAGCUUAUAGGAAGACCUUUAUGUGUACCAUUAUGGACUGGUAUCCUGUAAUGGCAUUUCUAUACAGUCCUAAAAUGUGUCUCGUUUCUUUCCCAUGUCUCUUUGUCUCUAUCACAUAUUUAUCUUAGAAAGUAUUACAAAUAACUUUUUCUCCUCCCGAAUAAGAUGGCUCCACUGCCUUGUAUCUGUUGGGCAGAUAAUUUUUCAAAUGGUUGAGUAACUGUGCCAGUGGUACCUGAAAUCUAGAGGUAGUAGGACAGAUUUCAGUUGUGUGGUGAUUUCUGUGAAGGCUGUCUGUGAACAAUGUUUGUACUUGCCAAGGCAGCUUUCUACUGCUGGAGUAAACUGUUCAUGGAUAGUUGGAUGCGGAUUCACUCUUUGAUUCCAAGACAACAGCUCUGCUGGCUGGUAGAGGAAAAGAGGAUUGGGAUGGAGGGAGAAGCUUAGUCCCUUAUCCUGUAGAAGGAAUUCAAUCUUAAAAUGCUGAGAGAACAGUCAAAAGCUGCUCCAACCCAGUGACUGGAUGUCGGUGAGUUGUCCAGGCUCAAUGCUGCCAGAAAUGCACACACUUGCUGCAACAUUCCUGUUUUACAGUCUCAGCAAACUUACCAGCAUAAAGUGUUUCUCAUUGCUCAUAAUUAUUUCAGUGUGGGCUCAUGAACUCUUCUCAAUGUUGCACACCUAGAAGCCAAAAUUCGGUUUCUGUUUUCUUCAGCCAAAGUUCUGAAUGACUUCACUAGGGAUCAGUCCUUCACACUGCCCAAAUUCUGCAGCAAGCUGGUUGGUGUUGAAAGCCUCUUCCACCUGCCUGCAUGCCUGUGCUCACUUACACAAUUGAUACCACUGUCUGCAUAAUCCUUAUGAAGUAUAAAUGAAUAAUUAAUAGAAAAAUUGGCAUUAUGAUCAAGUCCCUGUUCUAGCUUAGCACUUUCAGGACACCAGCAUGGCAACAAAGCAAGAAAGAUAAGAAUGCAACUUCAGAUUGAAUAACCAAUGCUCUGUGGCACCAUCAUCACUGAAUGGAAUCAAUGUUGAAUUUGUGGAAGGGAUUUCUGGUAGCAUUUGAAUAGGAUCAUAGUUCAGAUUGUAGACAGUUUUAAAGGUUUUCUGCACUAACUUCAUUGGAAUUAAAUAUGACAACCCCAUUUGUACAAAAUACCAUUGGAGUUCCUGUUUUCCCACUGCAGAAGCCACCUGGUCACAACUUGGUAAAAGCUAAAAAGUGUGAUUAAAAGUGUGGUGAAGAUUCUCUCCUUAAGAACUAAAUGUAGACAUGGAAAAAAUCUUUCAGCAAAGCUCUAUGUAUUUUAAAUUAACUAUUUUACUGAAAGCUAGUGCUUUCUAAUAGUGCAGACAGGCUCUGGUGUCUGUAUGCUUCUGCUUAUGUAUCCAGUUGAUGUGGCUGACUGCAUAAACUUCAUGAAGCAUAAAGCACAGUGGGUGACAAGCAAUCUUAUCUAGGUGUCAUUUGUUUGUAAUAGCAAAGAACCUACCAUAUAAUUUCCACAUAUACUACUCUGAAGUAGUUUAUGGUCACUGUCACUCAUGGUACUGUUGUGUGUGGAUAUGAAGGUCCACAAAGUGGUAAGUUAAACGUAGUUAAUCCAAGUACUGUGAAAAAAUAGAUGCUUAGAAAUAUUAUUAAUGUUUGGGUGUUUUUUAAGGGAUUAUUUCUCUGGUUGUCUUUUACUUCAUUACAUGUUUUGCAAAAAAAGGGGAUAUUCAAUGUUUUUUUAAUUACUAUUCUUUCAGCAGUAAUUCCUUAAAAUAGCAUCUUGUGGUCCAUAUAACUUAUGUUCUGAGUCAAGUAUGAGUCUGUAUCAGAUGGUUUUCUUUAUUUAUAACAAGGAAAUAAUCCCUUCUCUAAGAACUGGCCCAAAAAAAUACAGAAGAAUUCUGCCAUUAACAUGGACAAGACAGAGACUUUUAUCUUAGGUUCCCAUGUUUUAUACAUGCAGUUACACAACAAACUAAUUGUCCUGGGAGCUAGGAACAAAGAAAAAAAACCAUUCACAUAAUUCGUGGAAUUUUUACCUCUUGUAAAUAACAAUGACACAACUAACUGAGAAAUAGGCUUUGAGCAGGUAAUUAUUUUUUUUUCUGCUAUUCCCAGAAAGUUAAAUGGAAGAAUUUGCACCUGUAAAAAUACUUGCAGAAAGUGAUUUUGAGAUUAUCAAAUGGGAUAGUUUGCACUCAACGCUGUGGAGAAGAAUCCUACUCUGUACUCCAACAGCCAUGGGUUUCAUUCCUGGUUGAUGUUAAAAUUAUCUUUCUUAGGUCUGUUGCCAUCAGUUACAGGAAUAUCAGUAUUGAGGUAUCCAUCAUUUCCAUUGGAAUUGGGAAGAGUCCCUUCCCAGCUGAAGUUCUGCAGUUCAGUGCAGCCAUCAAAUACACAGUCACGUGUGGCUCACAGCCCUGUGGUUCAGAAAGGCCAUCCUGCAGGUCUGCAGUGCCAGAUGCCCGUGUGCAGCGUCCCUGGGCUUGUCUGCCUGGAUGGCUGCAGGUAGUUUGAGCCUUCCCCUGCCCGUGCUCCUCUCUGACCGGAUGCAAGCCGUGUCUUCUCCAGAAGUCACGUCCUCACAUGAGCAUGGCACUGAGUCCGUGCUCCAGCCAGCCAGGCACAGCUCAGCCCCAGCCUACAAGCCAUGACACAAAAUUGGCCAUAUAAUCCCACAUGAGCCAUAAGUGAAACAGCCCAGGACAAGACUGAGUAAUUCAAGAUUGGUAAAUGAACUGUACAUUCAUGUAGAUUUAUUGUAAAUUCACCACUCAUCAAACACAAAACCAAUCCCAACAAUGAAAUUUGUACACGUUUUUAAAGAUCGUGCACUUUACUUUUUUAUUUUUAUUUUAUGCCACAUAGUUGUCUUAAUGCAAAAAGAAGCCAUAAAAAACCCAGAAGACUAGUAUGGGGUUUCUAAGUAAGGGGAUCAUUAAUUUUGAAGUAAAGAAUCAAUUCCAUGUCUCUGUUUAAAGUAUAAUGUCAAAUACUGACAAACAAAUGUACAGCAAAGCAGGAUCUGGUUUUGCCUUAGUGAUGCUGUGAGUAAGUUGGGGGAGUUUGCUCCUCAUACUCUUGAGUUUUCCUGUGGGGCUGUACAAAAUGCUGCACACUACCUUUGCAGUAGGGACUCAAUCCUGCUACUCUUGUUCACCCCAGGAGAAGAAAUAAAAUGCUUAUAGAGUCAGGCCCAAUGAAGUAAUUAAAUCAUUCUGCUACUCUGAUAUUUCCUCCCACAGAGAUCACAAAAAGAAAGCUCUUUAUGUUUUAGUAAGUUUAUAAGACAUGAGUUGCUUCUGUCAGGUUUUUCAAAAAGUUUUCAAGGUCAGGUUAUCCAAUAGAAGUCAAUUAUUUACUUUAAUCCCUUAUCAAAAUUAAGUAAUGCCAAAGGACUUCACUUGGUUUUGUGUUCAUUCCCAUUAUCAAGAUCUCUGUUGCAGUUUUAAUUUUGCAGUCCUGACUCUGGGGAGUUGACUUACAUGAAUUAAAAUUAUUUCUGUCACUUAAGAUGGCAAGAUCAGGACAUGGUAUUGCAAUGUGAAAAUAGUAGUGUGUUAUAACUGACAAUCAGAUGCUAUUUUUGUAAUAAAGCAUGUUUAGCAUGUUUGUUUCACUUUGUAGUUUUCAUACUAUUAUCAUCCCUCAUUUUCAGCCUAUUGUAAGAAAAAUCUGAAGUCCCCCAUCUUUAUUAAUUUCAAACUUUAAAAGUAAAAAUACAUUGUCACAUAUUUUUUAUUUUGCAAGUCCAGGCAAUUCCCUGAAAAUGCCUGUUUUUCUCAUGUGUUUAAGUGUAUGGAUCAUUAUUCACUAGAUGAUACUCUUGUAUGUCUGAAUCAGUAUAUUCUCUGUGAAUAGAAGUUUGUAUAUAGUAUGAAAGUUACCUUUAUUUGUACAUAGGCUCUUGGAAAUAAUCCCUUCAAUCAAGGUCCUACUUCACUAUCUACAGAAUGUUUCACUGUGGCGUGUACACUUUCUCACCUUACCACAUUAAUACAGAGUUCUUAAUAUAAAUCACUUAAUGUAACUGAGUUGUCUAAGCGUGAAUAACAGUAACAACAAUAAAUACUAAUAAAAAUACUUAAAAGUGUA